GUCAGUGUCAAUGCUGGUCGACUACGUGAUUAAAAAUAAAAUUCGAUUCGUAUUAUUUCGUUCGUAGAGUGAAGAAGAUACAAUCGUUUAACGUAAUAACAAUUUGUUAAGUCUCUUUGUUUUGUUUGUUAAUAUGACUACUACAAACCCAACUCCUCACAUUGAUCGUGAAUUAGAUUUAUCCAACACAGGCCGAGGUGUUUGGCUUGUGAAAGUUCCGAAGUAUAUUGCAAAUAAAUGGGAUAAAGCGCCAGGUAACAUAGAAGUAGGGAAGUUAAAGAUAACGAGAAAAACUGGAAAUAAACCACAAGUUCAGCUAUCUUUGUCUGAAGCUGUACUUUGUUUAAAAGACCCAGGUGAACAAAGUAUUCCAAAAGACCAUCGCCUUGGCGUGUCAAAUGAAACUAGGCAGUCGUUGGGAGUUUUCUCUCAUGCUGUGCCAUCAAACACAGAUUCCGUUGUUCCUGAAUCAGAGAAGCUGUAUAUGGAAGGGCGGAUUGUACAAAAAUUGGAAUGUAAGCCUUAUGCUAAUAACACCUAUUAUAAACUAAAGUCUGAGUCUAUAAGGAAAGCUUCAAUGCCCCAGCGGCAAGUGCAGCAGUUAGAUCGCAUUGUGCAAACCUUCAAACCUGUUGCUGUGCACAAACAUGAUCUUGAAUAUCAAGAGAGGAAAAAGGCUGAAGGUAAAAAGGCUCGUGAUGACAAAGAUGCAGUGCUCAAUAUGCUAUUUGCUGCAUUUGAGAAACAUCAGUAUUACAAUAUAAAAGAUUUACAAAAGAUUACAAGACAGCCUAUUGUUUAUUUGAAAGAGAUACUCAAAGAAGUUUGUAAUUACAACUUGAAGAAUCCUCACAAAAAUACAUGGGAGCUGAAACCUGAAUACAGACAUUACAAACAAGAUGCUCCAGUUGAGGCCAAGGAGGACAAACAUAGCUCUGACAGUGACUAAACAGCACACUGCUUGUUGUUGAUCUAGAAUUUAUUGAUAAAAUAGACCAUACACAUACCAUUGUUGUAUACUUACUGCAUACAUAAUAUUGUUGUGAUAUUGUUUGUCUUAUGUUAUAAAGACAGAAUAAAUAAUAUUUAAUCAUACAAAA